UCCUACGGUAUUUACACCACAAGAAGAAAUCCACGAACAUCGCAGCGAAAGAGAAAGCAGAUCAAACCCAGGGAGGAAGAAAGAGGGAGUGUCAUGGCUUCCACUGUGGCUUCCAAGAGGGUCGUCCCGCUGGUCCGCGCGCUGGAGAAGCUCCUCGCCGCGCCGUCCGCGCCCUUUGCUGGCUCCGCACUCAGGCCGGUGGCAGUCGCCGGUGGCCUCCGCGGUUACAACACCGGCGCUCCCCUCCGCCGUUACGAGGGGGCCGAGUCGGACGAGGACGGCGUCCGCGAGUACGAGAACUGUCGCGGCGGCCGGGACUACGCUGUGCCCAGCCUGUUCUCAGGUAAUGUUUUCCGUGAUCCGUUCAGUGCGCCGCAGAGCCUCGGCCGCCUGCUGAGCCUGAUGGACGACAUGGCGACGGCGUCGCCGGUCCGUGCCGGCGCGGUGCGGCGCGGCUGGAACGCAAGGGAGGACGAGGAGGCGCUCCACCUGCGGGUGGACAUGCCGGGGCUGGGCAAGGAGCACGUCAAGGUGUGGGCGGAGCAGAACAGCCUGGUGAUCAAGGGCGAGGGCGAGAAGGAGGCCGGCGAGGACGAGGCCGCCCCGCCCCCGAGGUACACCGGCCGCAUCGAGCUGUCGCCGGAGGUUUACAGGAUGGACACGAUCAAGGCCGAGAUGAAGAACGGCGUGCUCAAGGUGGUCGUGCCCAAGGUGAAGGAGCAGCAGCGCAAGGACGUCUUCCAAGUCAACGUCGAGUAGAUCUUUCCAGAUGAAAGUCAAACCUCUGAGUCUGAGGGGCUACUAAACUAGAUUUUCUCUUUUUUUUAUCCAGUCUUUAAAGGAUUUCAUCUUGUGAAAAUAAGCAACGUAGAACUCGGUAGCGAUUUUGCUUUUUAGUGUGAGAUCCAGCGGAUUUGCAACGUGUAUGGUGUUUAUGCUUUCUCCUCUUGUAAUCGAACACGUUCUAUUUUUCUGUUUUAUUUUU